GAGACAACAACCCUGGCUGUGUCAAUAUUAGUAAUAGCGGCGGUGACAAAUACAGUAUCCAAGGCUAGGCUGCAGGCUUCCUGGAGGAUCUUUGGCUGGGCUUGCAGCGAAGAGAUUUUCAUAGCAUGGUUUCUCGUAACACGAGGCUACAUCGACAUUCAUCAACAUACUCCGUCACGGUAAACGAUUGAUGUAUAUAUAGGUAUGGUAUGCAACUCUCCAUUAUUUGUAUGCCAACAGAGUUCGGAUAAAGAUGCCAGACGCUAGUCCCUUUGCAGUCUAGCCGCGGCGUGGCAGCCCUCUGCUUUAGUCAGCGCCCCAUUUCCGUGGGGUCCAAGCGUCUCCCGCGAGUUCUGGUUGCUUUUAUAAAUGUUAUCAUUCCCCGACACGAGGAAACAAAUCCCACGACAACCCUUUGUUUCUGUCCUUCCCACCUUCUCGCCGGGUGUUAUAACACCUCCUGCUGCUGCUGACUCCUCUCAUUUUCCGGUCCAUGGUUCAUUGACCAGAAGAUGGCCUUGAAUGGAUUCCCCCAGGUGGUCCUAACCGCUCCAUCGACUUUCAACAAUGUCAGCUCCGCAUUGCCUUCAGCCCUCGCCCGCCGGCAACCUUUCUGCGGCGAUAGCGAAGGAUGGGGCCCGAUAAGCGGCACGAGAUUCGACUUCACGCCUUGUUUUCUAGAUGUCUGGGUAUCUCUGGUGGCCGGAUGGGGUCUGGUUAUGGGCCCUGGUGCCAUAUGGUUCCUACUCAAUAAGCGAAUCGCCCAGCCCGUACAGAAGAAUUGGCACUUCUACGCAAAGUUGUCGGUUAUAUGGGCUCUUAUCUUGGUUACCACCCUCCAGGCCUCACUUCAGGUCGAGACCUAUCCCAAGAUCUGGUUUGGAGACUUUAGAUUCUGGACGACGAUCCUUAUUCUCGGAUCUUUGGGCGUUAUUUAUACCGUACAAUACUACGAGCAUUGGAGGAGCCGGCAACCGAACGGGGUCGUUCUAUUCUAUUGGCUAUUUUUGAUCAUCGUCUACGCCGUUAAGCUCAGAUCCCUUAUCUCCCAGCAGUUAUACCGACAUCAGUUACCUUAUUUUAUCUCGUUUACCGUUGGCUUUGGCCUUGCCAUAAUCGAGUUUGUGUUAGAAUACUUUAUCGAGAAGAAACAAAGUGCGUAUGACGCUCUUGGAGACGAAGACGAAUGCCCGUACGAAUAUGCCGAUAUUUUCUCUGUUUUGACUUUCUCUUGGAUGACACCUUUGAUGAAGUUCGGCUACAAAAACUUCCUCACCCAAGAUGACUUGUGGAAUCUGCGUCGCAGGGAUACCACAGGUGUUACCGGUCACGAGCUGGAGAAAACGUGGGCUUGUGAGCUGAAAAAGAAGAAGCCGUCGUUAUGGCUUGCCCUCUUUAGAGCGUUUAGUGCGCCAUAUUUCCGGGGUGCCGUGAUCAAGUGCGGUAGUGACAUUUUGGCUUUUGUCCAGCCCCAGCUCCUGCGUCUCCUUAUCUCGUUCAUUGACUCAUAUCGCUCUGACACGCCCCAGCCGGUUGUUCGGGGUGUCGCAAUUGCUCUUGGCAUGUUCGUCGUUUCCGUGAGCCAGACAGCUUGCCUUCACCAGUAUUUCCAGAGGGCAUUUGAAACUGGUAUGCGAGUUAAGUCGUCUUUGACUUCCAUGAUCUAUACAAAGUCCUUGAAACUCUCGAACGAGGGUCGCGCUUCAAAGACAACCGGUGACAUCGUAAACCAUAUGGCCGUUGACCAGCAACGACUUUCUGACCUGGCUCAGUUUGGGAUGCAGCUUUGGUCCGCUCCGUUCCAAAUUACCCUUUGUAUGAUAUCUCUAUAUCAGCUUCUUGGGUUGAGUAUGCUUGCUGGUGUUGGAGUGAUGAUACUUAUGGUUCCACUCAACGGAUUGAUUGCAAAGAUAAUGAAAAACCUUCAAAUCAAGCAAAUGAAGAACAAAGAUCAGCGAACCAGGCUAAUGACGGAAAUUCUAAACAACAUGAAAACUAUCAAACUUUACGCGUGGAAUAACGCCUUUAUGAACAAGCUAAACCAUGUUCGCAAUGACCUGGAGUUAAAUACACUAAGAAAAAUUGGCGCAACACAGUCCAUUGCAAAUUUUACCUGGUCGUCGACUCCAUUCCUGGUCUCCUGUUCCACCUUCGCCGUAUUUGUUUUGACGAACGAUAGGCCCUUGACUACAGAGAUAGUCUUCCCGGCAUUAACCUUGUUCAAUCUCCUAACAUUUCCUCUGUCUAUUCUCCCAAUGGUCAUCACGUCCAUUAUCGAAGCUUCAGUCGCAGUAUCUCGUCUUACGACUUAUUUCACUGGUGAGGAAUUGCAGAAAGAUGCAGUUACAUUUGAGGAGGCUGUUUCUCACGACGGGGAUGAGUCCGUACGAAUUCGAGAUGCGUCUUUUACAUGGAACAAACAUGAAGGUCGAAACGCGCUGGAGAAUAUUGAAUUCAGUGCUAGGAAAGGGGAGCUGAGUUGUAUAGUCGGCCGUGUGGGCGCUGGAAAGUCAUCGUUCCUUCAAGCUAUGUUAGGAGACCUGUGGAAGAUUAAUGGGGAAGUGGUUGUCCGAGGUCGCACUGCGUAUGUCGCACAACAAGCUUGGGUUAUGAAUGCUAGUGUCAGGGAAAACAUCGUCUUCGGUCAUCGCUGGGAUCCUCAUUUCUACGAGACUACUGUAGAAGCUUGCGCCCUGCUCGACGACUUCAAGACCCUUCCGGAUGGCGACCAGACAGAGGUUGGUGAACGUGGUAUUUCUCUUUCCGGCGGCCAAAAGGCCCGUUUAACGCUGGCAAGGGCCGUGUAUGCCCGUGCUGACGUAUACCUUUUGGACGAUUGCUUGUCCGCAGUGGAUCAACAUGUCGGGAGACAUAUUAUUAACCGAGUCCUUGGCCGGAAUGGUGUACUGGCUGGAAAAACGAGGAUCCUCGCAACUAAUGCGAUCACUGUGCUAAAAGAAGCGGACUUCAUCGCAUUACUACGCAACGGGACUAUUAUUGAAAAGGGAACAUACGAGCAACUCCUUGCCAUGAAAGGUGAAACUGCCACUCUUAUCCGCUCCACUACUACCGACGACGAUUCUGGUUCAAACGACAGCACUAGGGAAGAAGAAAGCGUGAACAGCCCAGAGACAUUAGCAAUCGUUGACGAUGUAGAUGACUCUGAUCUCUCCGAAAUAGAAGAGGCUCAGGAGCGACUGGGACCUCUUGCACCUGUUCAGAAUGGUGGUGCCAUGCGACGCACAAGCACUGCAACUCUACGACGUGCUAGCACGGCAAGCUGGCAAGGCCCACGCAAACUCGUGGACGAAGAAGGCGCUCUCAAAUCCAAGCAGGCGAAGGAAACCUCCCAGCAAGGAAAGGUCAAAUGGAGCGUCUAUGGCGAGUAUGCGAAGACGAGCAAUCUCUACGCGGUGGCUAGUUAUUUGACGGCACUUCUAUUGGCACAAACGGCGCAGGUUGCUGGUAGUUUCUGGCUAGAGCGAUGGUCGGAUGUAAACAAAAAAUCUGGAAUGAAUCCACAGGUUGGAAAAUAUAUUGGCAUUUAUUUUGCGUUUGGAUUUGGAUCUUCUGCUCUUGUUGUCCUGCAAACCCUGAUUCUUUGGAUAUUUUGCUCUAUUGAGGCAUCGCGUAAAUUGCACGAGAGAAUGGCAUACGCUAUUUUUAGGUCUCCCAUGAACUUUUUUGAAACUACACCUUCUGGUAGAAUUCUUAAUCGCUUCUCAAGCGAUAUAUAUCGAGUUGAUGAAGUUCUCUCCCGCACAUUCAAUAUGUUAUUUGUCAAUGCUGCUAGAGCAGGAUUUACAAUGAUGGUUAUCAGUGUUUCGACUCCACUAUUCCUCGUUAUGAUUAUUCCUCUCGGAGCAGUUUAUUUCGGAUUCCAAAAGUAUUACUUGAGAACGUCACGCGAACUUAAGAGAUUGGAUAGCGUCAGCAAAAGCCCUAUCUUCGCUCACUUCCAAGAAACUCUCGGCGGUAUCUCGACCAUUCGGGCUUAUAGGCAACAGGAUAGGUUCUCAAAGGAGAAUGAGUAUCGGAUGGAUGCGAACCUUCGAGCAUACUACCCUUCCAUCAGUGCAAACAGGUGGCUCGCUGUACGCCUAGAGUUCAUUGGCUCCGUGAUUAUCCUGGCAGCAGCCUCGUUCCCGAUUCUGUCUGUGGCGACUGGGAGCAAAUUAUCUGCUGGAAUGGUUGGCCUAUCGAUGUCAUACGCGCUCCAAAUCACCCAGUCUCUUAAUUGGAUUGUGCGACAAACGGUCGAGGUGGAAACGAAUAUCGUGUCGGUCGAGAGAGUUCUGGAGUAUGCAAACCUGCCCAGCGAAGCUCCUGACGUCAUUUUCAAGAAGCGGCCCCAGAUCAGUUGGCCGUCCCAAGGUGGUGUACAAUUCAAGGACUACAGCACACGAUAUCGUGAGGGCCUAGACCUUGUAUUGAAAAACAUAAAUCUUCACAUUAAGCCACACGAAAAGAUCGGCGUCGUUGGUCGGACAGGAGCAGGUAAAAGUUCACUGACUUUGGCACUGUUCCGUAUCAUUGAGGGGACAUCAGGAAGUAUAAGUAUCGACGGUUUGGACAUCAGUUCUAUUGGCCUCUUCGAUUUGCGGGGUCGCUUGGCAAUCAUCCCGCAGGACGCGGCAUUGUUCGAAGGUACCGUCCGAGACAACCUCGACCCACGCCACGCCCAUGAUGACACCGAGUUGUGGAGUGUCCUUGGACAUGCACGAUUAAAGGACCACAUUUCCAGUUUGCCUGGACAACUUGAUGCACAAAUCCACGAAGGAGGUUCGAAUCUUAGCCAAGGCCAGCGACAGCUUAUUUCACUAGCCCGAGCCCUCCUAACGCCAAGCAACAUCUUGGUGCUCGACGAAGCCACUGCCGCCGUCGACGUAGAAACAGACGCACUGCUGCAGCAGAUGCUCCGGAGCAGCAUUUUCCGCGACCGCACUAUCAUCACCAUCGCGCACCGUAUCAACACUAUCUUGGAUAGCGAUCGGAUCGUCGUUUUGGAUCAUGGAACUGUUGCUGAAUUCGAUACCCCAGCCGCGCUUAUUCAGCGCGGCGGCCAGUUUUACGAGCUUGUGAAGGAGGCUGGACUCCUUGAAUCUAGCGGCAGUGCCAGCAAUGAUACUAACACAAGUACGACGACGACGUCCACGCUUACUUCAUAAACAAGGAAGGGAACAGGGGUUGUCCGUCUAUUUCCGGCAUUUUUUUUUUCUUUUUCUUGGAUUAUGUUCUCCUUUUGAGUCCCCACUCCCCAGUCGCUGUGCGGGUGGAUGGGGGUUGUAUAGCGAUGGAAAAUGAGCGAGAGGAAGGCGAAGAAGAAAUCUUGUAUAUGUACAUAUAAUCCGCCACAAUGUUCAAUAUUUUUGUUUUCUCUUCUAACCCCCGUAUCUUGAUUGGAGGUUUUUGUUGAGGUUCUGGGGCGUAGUACUCUGUAUUUUCUUCUAUUCACAACCGUCUAUGGGCUGCUUUUCUUUCCCGGCCAAUUUUCUUUUUUCUUUUCUUUUGGAAUCGAUUUCCAUUCCUAGCGCGCCGGGGAAGCCGGAUUGGCCGGGCUGUCGGUAUGCUCGAAGAAGCCCAAGCGCAAGGAAAGGAACAAAAGCAGACAUCUAAAGAGCCAAUUUCUACACUGGGGUAAACUAUUGACGGGGUUGUUUGCUUUGCUUUUCUCCUGCACUUUGCUUUUUUUUUUUUUUUUUUUCUUUUUUUUGCCCCUGCUGUUUCCCCUCCAUCCCAUCUCAGGUCGUUCUGUCCGCAGAAUUCCUCUACUACAGCGUAUGUAAAUUACAUUGAUCCUGCUCAACUUUGCCCGCCGUACUCCGUACCGCGUAGAUAAUGGCCGAGAACAUUCAGACCGAAGAAUAAAUUGCUUGGGGCCCCAGAACCCGCUCCUUAACCCUAUGUCGCAGAAGCUUCUUGCUUGCUUCCCCCUUCCGUUCCGGCUCGAUAGUCGAAGCGGUUGGGGCACAUAGAUUAAAUAUGUCAGAUGUCCUCCGUACAGUAUGGAGGAUGUAUCAGGCGAUGACGCGGCUUGUGUCUUAAAGUGUUGAUGGCGUGCAUAAAAAAUUUGAAUUCGAGCGGCCUGUUCGUUCUCCAUUAUUGUUCCCACCCAAUUCUCGUCGAAUUCCAUUCGACAGAGUACCAUGUAAGCUGAAAGCUGGCUCCGUCACAGCAUCCAUCCAUUCAUCAGCUGCAAGUGAUAUGCAGUCAAGGGAGUGAUUCCUUACCACUAGGCGCGGCACGGAGUUUUAUCCCCAAGCUUCUUCGGCAAAUCAUGAGGCGUUCCGCGGCCGGGGUGGGCCCGAGACCUGAGCUUGGAGACUCGGUUCGGUAGCUUAGCGACCUCACUGUCUCAAGAAGGGGUUGUAGAUUAUCACUGUGAGUGGCGGUCCGCUAUGUGGGUGGUUAG